AUGGUGGGUACGGACCGACUCGAGAGCUGCGAAAACCGGACCCGGAUUUUCCAGGGCCGCCGAAAGCGCACCGGACGCCGCCCGAGCCGCGGCGCUCUACAGGUACCUUUUCCGUAUCUCCGGACGAGCCGAUUCCACGGACACGGUCCUUUACGAAGAAGAGAGAACUCUUCCCGGGGCUCUCGGCGACGUCUCCGGGCUCGCUUGCGUCACCGCGGUUUCGCCCGAGAAGCGACGAGACGCCACCGACAUUGCUGCCAGCAGCGCCGCCACCCCCGGGCACUCUCCGAGUCCGGGUUCGGGAAUAUUAACCCGAUUCCCUUUCGACGGAAGGCCGGCCGCUCGUCCUUUGUUAGCGUCGUCGUUUUGUUGUUUUCGAGGACAACAAACGAGUGUGACAGACUUACGGAUCCGGCGCCUUUCGGGAAGACUUUCGCCUGCGUCUUAGGACCGACUGACCCGUGCUCGACCGCCGUUGGCACGGAACCCUUCUCCACUUCGGUCUUCGAAGGUCUCGUUCGAAUAUUUGCUACUACCACCGAGAUCUGCACCCGCGGUCGGCUCCACCCGGGCUCGCGCCCUAGGCUUCCGUGCUCACCGCGGCGCCCUCCUACUCGUCGCGGCAUCGGUCAGGCGCGCGCAUCGUUUUCGUCAGCGCAAGCGCUCCUCGCCGCGACGGUCCGGCAUCGGUCCGUCGCUCCAGCGCCAUCCCCUUUCGGGGAUCUCAUGGGCGUCGCGUUAGGCACCUUAGCCGGACGUUUGGUUCAUCCCACAGCGCCAGUUCUGCUUACCAAAAGUGGCCCACUUGGCACUCGCAUUCGUUUCUGCCGCCGUCGAGACGACGAAGGCGGCAGAGAAGUGGGACGGCUCCGUAUUCGGGAGAGUCGACCCGUUCCACCCGUUCCGAGUUCGAGAGUAGGUCGAGGCCGUGAACGGCCCCGGGGCCUCCAAUCGUUCGCUUUACCGGAUGGAAUUGCGACGAUCGAACGCCAGCUAUCCUGA